AUGGCAGCGCGGAAGCCGGUCUUCAACCAGCACGUCCUCCUUGAUACCACGCCGCUACCGGACACGCUUCCCAAGGUCAAGGAGAUCGGCGCCAGCUCUGCCCCUCUUCUCUCAGCCUCUUUUUUCAUCGGCGCACGAUGCAGAGAUUACAAUGACGACUUUAUGCAAUGCAAGACACAGCACCCCGGUCAAGGUGAAUUCGAGUGCUUGAAAGAGGGGCGGAGGGUGACCAGAUGCGCGCGGAGUGUACUCGAAGACAUCAACAAGUCCUGUCUCGAGCAGUUCCGUGCCCACUGGCAAUGCCUAGAGAAUAAUAACCAACAGCUUUGGCAAUGCCGGCCAGCCGAGUGGAAGCUAAACAAGUGUGUCUACGAGAACCUGAACCUAGAGAAGGUCAUCCCCGAUCAGCCCAAACAAUCGACCCCUGUGCACUUAAGGACGAAGCAGAUCUUUGCCCAUAACUCCAUUCCUCCUUGGGAGAAGCCAUUUAUUCCGGGGAAGUCUGAUGCUGCGGAGGCGUCUUGA